CUCUGCGCAUGCGCGUCCGGGUCAGUUCCGGGCUGCGCUGUCGUGCCGAGAGGUCAACAUCAGACAGCAGCUGUUUUAAUGACAUUUACUCUCUGCCCGUCCUGGAAAAUCCCUUCAGUUUAACAGAAGUUUACUCUGUGAACAUCUACAUUUAAAACAUUAGCGAACGCGGACACGCAGGAGGAUGAACUACAUCUGGGAAGCCGUGGGAAGGCAGCCGCCAGGCCAGCAGCCGAGCGGAGCGGAGACCAUUCAGAAACUGUGUGACCGCGUGGCUUCAUCAACCCUGCUGGAGGACCGGAGAGAUGCGGUCCGUGCCAUCAAGUCUCUGUCCAAGAAAUACCGUGUGGAGGUCGGCACAAUGGCUAUGGACCAUUUGCUUCGAAUACUGCAGAGUGACCGGACAGACACUGAAAUCCUAGGUUAUGCUUUGGACACUUUGUACAAUAUAGUCUGCAGUGACGAAGAGGAGGAGCCAGAAGAUUCUGAAGAGGAGAACCAGCAGAAGCAGGAGGAUGAUUUGGGAGCUCGGUUCACUGAGGAGUUCAUCGGGGAACCAGAUAAUAUCACUCUUCUCCUCACGCUGUUGGAGGAGUUUGACUUCCACGUGCGCUGGCGGGGUGUGAAGCUCCUGACUGUUCUUCUGAAGAGCCAGUGUGCUCCGGUCCAGAGCAUCGUCCUGGUCAGCCCCAUGGGAGUGUCCAGGUUAAUGGAUCUUCUUGCUGACUCCAGAGAAGUUAUCCGUAAUGACGGUCUCCUGCUGCUGCAGCAGCUAACCAAAGGCAACACUGCGAUUCAGAAGAUCGUGGCUUUUGAAAAUGCAUUUGAGAGACUUCUUGAGAUCAUCACAGAGGAGGGUUCGAGCGAUGGAGGUAUCGUGGUGGAGGACUGUCUCUUAUUGCUGCUCAACCUCCUGAAGAACAAUAGCUCCAACCAGAAUUUUUUUAAAGAAGGCUCCUAUAUCCAGAAGAUGAAGCCGUGGUUUGAGGUGGGAGAUGACAACUCCGGCUGGUCGGCACAGAAGGUCACCAACCUCCAUCUGAUGCUGCAGCUGGUGCGAGUGAUGGUUUCUCCGGUGAACUCUCCGGGGGCCACAGCCAGCUGUCAGAAGGCCAUGUUCCAGUGUGGUCUCCUCCAGCAGCUCUGCACCAUCCUCAUGGCCACAGGUGUUCCUGCAGACAUCCUCACAGAGACCAUCAAUACAGUGUCAGAAGUCAUCCGUGGCUCUGAAGUGAAUCAGGACUACUUUGCAUCUGUAAACGCACCAUCCAAUCCACCAAGGCCUGCGAUUGUAGUUCUUCUCAUGUCGAUGGUGAACGAGAGACAGCCAUUCGUUCUGCGCUGUGCUGUACUGUACUGCUUCCAGUGCUUCCUGUACAAGAACCAUAAAGGACAGGGUGAGAUCGUAGCCACACUGCUGCCCUCCACUAUAGAUGCUAGCUCUAUGUCGGCGGGGCAGCUGUUGUGUGGAGGUCUGUUCUCAGCGGAUUCUCUGUCAAACUGGUGUGCCGCUGUGGCUCUGGCUCACGCGCUGCAGGAUAACCUCACACAGAAAGAACAGCUGCUGCGUGUACAACUAGCCACCAGUCUGGGCAAGCCUCCCGUCUCCCUCCUCCAGCAGAGCACUAACAUCCUAUCCCAGGGCGAUAAGCUCGAGCGGCGGGGCAGUCAUGUGCAGACGAAGGUCGGUCUCCUCAUGUUGCUCUGCACCUGGAUCAGUAACUGUCCAAUCGCUGUCAUGCACUUCCUGCACAAUCAAGACAACGUUCCCUUUGUAUCCUUCUAUCUACACACACACACAUACACACACACUCUCUCACACACACACACUCACUCACUCUGGUAUAUUUGGAAAUGUUUGUUUGGUGUCCAGCAGAAGGCUGAGGCCACACCGUCGGCAGAGGGCUCGACUUCAGACGCCACAGAAUUACAAAAGGAGGUGGAGCUGCUGAGAGCUCAGCUGCAGAGCCAGAGCGCAGAGAUCGCACAACUACAGAGAGAGAAACACCAGCUUCUCAGAGGAUCUGACACCACAGCUGCGGCUGCAGGAGACGAUGCUGUCCGCUCAGAGUUAGAGAGCAGACUCUCGGCUCAGACGCUCAAGGAGCAAGUUCAAGCUCUUCUGGAGAGCAAGGAGCUGAUGGAGAAGGAGCUUUCUUCAGCCACGAGCUCAGCUGCUAUCAUGCAGACGGAGAAGAGCAAGCUACAGCAGGAGCUGCAGGAGUCCAAGAAAGAGCAGGACGAUCUCCUCAUGCUGCUCGCUGACCAGGACCAGAAGAUUCUGAGCCUCAAACACAGACUCGAGGACUUGGGAGAGACGAUUGAAGAUGAGGAUGAUCUGGAUGCAAGAGACCAGUUUGACGAUGAUGAUGAUGAAGAGGAAGAAGAGUGUGAUGAAUAAAAACAAAUUGACUUCAUAGUGGAAGACUGCUAAUACUAACCUGUCACUUACACGCUUCAAGAAAGAGACCGAAGGCCUCGGACCAUGGAGCUGAUCUUCUGAUUUUUAGAAGGAUCACAUAUUUGUUUAUUUUCUUCGUACCUGCUUUUUAAUUUUUAGAAUUUCUUUUGCAGUGGGACAUUUUUCAGAAUUGUUCAGCCAUACACUCAUAUUUACAAAGGAUCAGACACACUCCAGCUGCUUUGCAUCGCAUCGUGUGUUGUUCUUCAGUAAAACACUGCUGAAGUCCCUCUGAAGGAUGGGAUCAGACACUUUCAGCUUCCUCUCAAGCUGGAGAGCUAUUGUGCAAAAUUUGAUUUAGCUUUUGGUUAAUUUAUGGAUAAACGAGCCUCUUUAGAAUAAACUAUGUAAAUGCACGUCUGUGGUGUUUUGGUUUUAAACUCGUUGUUGCAUGUACAGCUGUAUUUGAGGAUUUUUUCCAAUGCUAAUAAUAUCCACAAAUAGAAUUUUGCUAUGAACUGCGUUCAUGGUCAUGUUUGAAAAUGAGUUAUGCAUUAAUUAGAUAGGAAUUGUAAAGGAAGGCUUAUUAAAAUUCACAACGUAUUUUUCUUUAA